AUGCCAGUCGAGAAGGAAUCUGGCGCUGCGGACACCUUGGGCCCGGAAGAGGAGAAGAUGCUAGUCCGAAAGAUUGAUAUGAAUUUGAUGCCGUUGCUGAUUAUCAGUUACGGCCUGCAAUACCUCGACAAAACCAGCUUGUCCUAUAGUGCUAUUUUGGGCAUACGGGAGGAUCUCAAUCUCGUUGGACAAGAAUUCAACUGGGCGUCGAGUAUUUUCUAUAUCGGCUAUCUGGUUGCCUCUUAUCCCAUCUCCCUUGGCUUUGUCCGUUUUCCUCUAGGCCGAUACCUCAGUCUCUUGAUGUAUGACUUCCUGCUAUGGGGCAUAAUCCUCACUCUACACGCUGUGGCCGAGAACUACGCCGGCCUGAUGGUCCUAAGAACGUUCUUGGGUAUCUUCGAAAGUGCCAUCAGCCCUGGGUUCUCUCUGAUCACCGGAAUGUGGUACACUCCGAAGGAACACAUGUCUCGCCACUCGUUCUGGUUUGCAGGCAAUGCCGUGGCUAGCAUCAUUGGAUCAAUGAUUGCCUACGGUAUUUUGCACUACACGGGAGGAUUCUCGCAAUGGAAACUGCUCUUCUUAAUCUUCGGCCUGAUCACCAUCGCCUGGUCGGUUGUGCUGUGGUUCUACCUCCCGAACUCGCCAUCCAAUGCUCAUUUCCUCACGCCGACAGAGCGAGAAUUCGCGUCUCUGCGACCGAAGAAAUUCCAGCGCACCACACAAACCAAGCAAUGGGACAAGAAGCAAUUCAUCGAGACCUUCCAAGACCCUAAGACCUGGUGGUUCUUGGUCUUCUCGUUUGUCAUUUGCGUGCCUAACGGCGGUAUCACCAGCUUCAACUCCAUCAUCAUCAACAGCUUCGGCUACGACAAAUUUCAAACCAUCCUGAUGGGUCUCCCCGCCGCAGCAUUCCAACUCACCACGGUAAUCCUCGCCGCCGUAUUCACCACGCUCUUCCGCAAAUCGCGCCUCUGGGCCGUCAUCGGCACCUUCCUCCUCGCCAUGGCCGGCGUCCUAAUGAUCAAGCUGCUGCCGACAGAGAAAAAGCUCUCCCGACUAGCAGGCUACUGGCUCGUGACGGCAGUGUCGCCUGCGUUUCCACUCAUGAUGUCUCUCUUCGCGAGCAACACAGCCGGGUUCACGAAGAAGUCGACGCUCGUGGCGCUGAUCUUUGUCGGUUAUUGCGUGGGUAAUUUCGUGGGGCCGCAGUUCUUUAAGAAUAACGAGGCUCCGGCGUAUGGGACCGCAUACACCACCAUCCUCACCUGCUUCGCCAUCACCAUCGUCAUGGCCCUGAUCUUCCGCAUCUACCUUUCAUGGACCAAUUCGCGCCGAGACCGCGAACAAGGCGUGCACAUCGACCCCGAAGACAGCCGGGAGAUUGAUCUCCAUGCGGACGAGGAGCUAGAGGGCGUGGAUGAGACGGAUAUGCAGAAUCGGGGGUUUAGGUAUAUUCUCUGA